UGGUGGGAGUCACGUGGUUGCGUUUUAUAUAACGCUUCGCUGAGACAAGACAGUUAUUAGGCAGCGCGGGGCAGCCGGCAUGGAGCUCGAGAGGCGAGGCAGACGCGCGCGCGCAGCGAUCCCGCCUUCUCGUCGGCGCAGCCCGCUCCCAACCGUCGCUCACUCCUGCUAGUUCCCAGUUCCUAGACGCCUCUCCUCACUCCAACCUCCCCAGUUCCUUCUCUCCAUGGAUUCCCUUCAGACCGCACAGAUGGUGAGCUUGCCCGCCGAGCUCGGCAGCAACAACUUGGAGCUGGCGGAGCCGGUGGCAUCGGUGGCCGCAGGAGAGUCGGCCGCCCACCCGGAGGAGGUGACACCCGAGGGCUCCCAAGCUCCCGGGGCUCAAGAGCCCGAGCAAAGCCAGCCUCCGGCGGCCUCGACGCCACCGGAGUGCAAAGUCCUGCUCACGCAGGCGGAUGCCUUGGCAUCUGGGGGGCACCUUCGGGAAGCCCUCGAGGUGUACCGACAGCUCUCCGAGAGGCAGCAGCUCGUAGCGGAGCAGCUCGAGCAGCUAGUGCGCUGCCUGGCCGACAGUGUCCCGCAAGAGGAGCUGAUGGCCCCAGCUCCUUCAGACCCGAGCGCCACUUCGAGCUGCUGCGCUGCUGCGCUGAAAGAGGCAGGGGAGGCCGCGGCCGUGGCCCCCGAGGUAUGGGAUGGCUUUAAGUGCAGGAAGUGUCACGGGUUUCUCUCCGACCCGGUGUCCCUGUGGUGCGGCCACACCUUUUGUAAACUGUGCCUGGAGCGCGGGCGGGCCGCUGAUCGGCGCUGCACCCUGUGCGGGGUCAAGCUCUCCGCACUCAUGGUGGCCAGUGGGAGGGCGCGCGGGCCGCGGCGCUCGGGGCCGCAGGCGCCACUGCAACUGCGAGUCAACGUGGUACUCAGCGGCCUCCUGGGCAAGUUGUUCCCGGGCCCCGCGCGGGCGUCGCAACUCCGGCACGAGGGCAACCGGCUGUACCGCGAGCGCCAGGUGGAGGCAGCUCUGCUCAAGUACAACGAGGCUGUGCGUCUAGCUCCAAAUGACCAUUUGCUUUAUAGCAACCGGUCCCAAAUUUAUUUCACCUUGGAGUCUCAUGAGGAUGCACUGCAUGAUGCAGAAAUAGCAUGUAAACUACGGCCAAUGGGUUUUAAGGCACACUUCAGAAAAGCACAAGCUUUAGCCACUCUAGGCAAGGUGAAAGAAGCACUCAGAGAAUUUCUCUACUGUGUAUCCCUUGACGGAAAGAACAAGAGAGCCAGAUCUGAAGCUCAAAGGGAGAAUCUGGAGCUUCCCCAUUGUUCUAAUCAGGAGGGAGCAGCAGCAGCAGGGAAAGAGAGCAGCAGCCUAGCAAACUCAGCUCAAGGAAAGGUGAGUAGCAAAGAAGACAGAGAGAAAGAUCAGGAAGAAGAGGAUCAGGAUGCUCCCGCCAUCAGGACCGGCAAAUGCCAGGAAAAGAAGAGGAAUCGUUGUCAAAUUGAAACCCAAGAAGACACAGAAUUGCCUAAUAAAGUCUCCAAACAAGAUCUUCCUGUUAAGCAGGGGGCCAAACCAGAUCUCAGUAUUCCACUUGGAUCGUUUGAUGCAUCUGACCUUGAAUGUUCACUGUGUAUGAGAUUAUUCUUUGAGCCAGUCACAACACCUUGUGGGCACACCUUUUGCUUGAAAUGUCUUGAGAGAUGCCUCGAUCAUAAUGCGAAGUGUCCACUGUGCAAAGAUGUUCUUUUACAGUGCUUGCCAUCAAGAAAAUAUAGCAAAAAUGUAAUAAUGGAAGAACUCAUAGCUAAGUUCCUGCCAGAAGAACUCAAGGAACGCAAGAGGCUUUAUGAAGAGGAAAUGGAAGAGCUUUCUAACUUAAAUAAGAAUGUGCCUAUUUUCGUGUGUACCAUGGCCUAUCCCACUGUUCCUUGCCCCUUGCACAUCUUUGAGCCUUGUUACCGCCUGAUGAUUCGGAGAUGUAUUGAGACAGGCACAAGACAGUUUGGCAUGUGCCUUGGAGAUCCUGUCAAAGGGUUUGCAGAAUAUGGCUGCAUCUUAGAGAUCAGAAAUGUCCAAUUCUUUUCUGAUGGCCGAUCGGUGGUCGACAGCAUAGGCAAGAGGCGCUUCAAAGUGCUCCAUCAGGGUCAACGGGAUGGCUACAACACUGCUGACAUUGAAUACAUUGAAGAUCAAAAGGUUCAGGGAGACGAUUGUGCUGAACUCAUGGGGUUACACAACUGUGUGUACGAGCAAGCGUCAUCAUGGUUUCAUUCACUGAAAACAUCUCUGAAGAAUCGGAUACUAAAUCACUUUGGUCCAAUGCCAGAGAAAGAUGAAGACCCCCAGGUUAAUCCGAAUGGUCCAGCCUGGUGCUGGUGGACACUGGCGGUUCUUCCCCUGGAAAGCAGAGCUCAGCUUCCCUUCCUAGCAAUGAGGUCCUUGAAGGAUAGACUGAAUGGUAUUCGACGUAUCCUGGCCUUUAUAUCGAGAAACCAAAAUUAAUGGGACUGGAUUGUGGAAGAGGAAUUUCUGUCCUCUCCACUGCCCUGGGGCAAUGUUCUGUAAACAUAUCUAAUUGCAAUAACACCUUAACAGAAGCUAGUACCUUAGAGAGAUGUUAUUCUUUUUGAGCACACAAAAAUCAGGUAGAAAGACCAAAAGGAUGUGACCUGUUUUGACUUUCUGUUCAGUUGCUUCUUGACACACUGUGCUAACACACAAACAGCAGAAGUGUGGAAGAGGCCAAAAAGAAUUGAUGUUUAGCAUCAAUUUUUCUGAAAUUAAAAAGUGACUUGUCUUUCAUAGCUGAAUGAGUGUGUGGUUGAAAUGUCAAGUAGAGAUACUAAUGUUGCUGUGUUCUUUCAUUGACUUGAGGUCUCAUUUCAAAUGGUUCAGGUUUUAUAAAGCAUUGU